AUUCAUUCUUUCAAACUAGUGACAUACAGCUCAAGUUCUUUCCUCUUGUCAAAAUUUCCAGUUUUUCCAUUUUCUCCAUCCUCUCUGGCUCUGUCCCUUGAUGGAUCCAUUCAAGCAAUUUGUGGGUUCAGAAGGGUGCAGCAGCAGUGAAUCAGGAUGGACAACUUACAUUGUUUCUCCCAUGGAUGAAGAUGGAAGUGAUAAUGAUGAACAUGGUGAAGCUGAUAAUAACGGCUAUUAUGCCCACGGAGGAUACUGCAGUGGGAAUUACAGGGAUAUCAUUGUUGGUGGUGGAGGUGAAGCAGACAGCGACGAUUCAAUGGCUUCUGAUGCUUCUUCAGGUGCUUGCCAUCAUCAAUCCAAUGGACAGAAGGCUGCGAGUUUCAAGCAUGGUGGUAAAGUCAAGAAGAACAUCAGCAGCAGCUUCAGCCAAUUCCUCUCGGGCAUCAAACCAAGCAGUAGCAAAGACAAGAAGAAAGAAGAGAAGGGCCUCAGACCAGAUAGGAAGCUACCUGCAACAGGUAGCAGAAAAUGCCGGAAAUAGUUCUUUUAUCUUAUGUUUUUUUACCACGAGUUGCAUAUAAAAUUCCCUGACAAGGCAAAUCAUGUUCACACAAUCAUGUAGCUUCUUUCUCAGACACUUCUGAAAAGCAAAACACAUAUUUUAAGUGUUCUUUUGUUUGAUUUCUUCUUCCCAAUAGUCAAAAAGUGUCACCCAGUUCCGACAAGGGAAAAAAUGGCUUCUUUUUUACUGCAACUGGAUAUUGUAGUAUCCAAGUCUCAUACCAUAUUUAAUCUUUCACUUAGAAAGAACUACACAGUUUCCCCAACCAGAUUCCAGGCUCUGCUGGUGAAGGAAACAAAGGUCCAACCUUUAUUGCUGUACAAUUUCUAUCCAAGCUGUAUGAUUGAACAUGAAGGUAGUUAGAAGAGAACAAUGAUCCUUCCUAUAUCUUCUUUUUAAUACUCUUUUAAUAGUUGUUGUCUUGGACUUUUUUGGUUUGGUGCUAAUAAUAUGCAAUGGGAUGU